AUGUCUGCACGAAACCAAUCCAAGGGACCUUGCGUCCAAAACCCCACCGCUCAACCACCACUAUCCCGCCCUUCGACCCCCGGCCUCAGCGAUCUCCCGCCCGAACUUAUGGCAGAAAUUGCAAGCAACCUUGACCUAAUGGAUCUCAAGAAUCUCCGCCUCGUGAGUCACUACCUCAACGAAAGUACGAACUACGUGUUCGUGAAAGAGGCCUUCGAAACCCUGUGCACCGACUUCUCCACAAACUCGCUAGAUAGGAUACUCAACAUCAGCGAUCGGCCAGAUAUAGCCAUCCACGUCAAACAGCUACACAUCUGGAUCCCCUUCAUCAGCUUGGCCAUACUCACCCAAGGCCGCUUUACCGACGGCGGGUUGCCAUGGCGCCGCGACUAUGACAUUGGACGUCUAGUCUUUCCCCAGCGCAAGGCUCGGCUCUGGGAAGAUGCGCUCGCGGGUUUGGUCAACUGCUCGUGCUUUCGCCUGGAGCGCCCACGGAGCAGGUCUGCAUUUGACGACGAAAACCAUAUCCUUAGCCUCACUGAUAACCAUGUGAUCAUGAUGAAUCUGCUUGCCAGUGGACGUGUCGGAGUCGAGAAGUAUAGCCUCAACUGGGUGCGAGGUGACGGGAAAGUCUACAAGCAUUGGCUUCGUAUGUACGAGCUGGACAGAAGACAUCUCGGCAGCCCUACCUUUGCUAAGGCCUGGGCCAACUUACGCGAGUUUACACAUAACAUGGAGAGGGACUGUGAAGCCGAGGCUGAAUACAUCGUUGACCUCCUUAGCCUGGCUCCCAAGCUGCAGUCUCUGGACCUUGGGCUUCCCAGCAAGGAAGCCGAGGCCACUGAUAUAGUCAUCGCGCGUCUAGGGUCCAGCAAGAUCCCAUUCCGGCUGCAGAAGCUGUCGCUCAGGCGCGGCAUCUGCAGUUUCGAACACGCCCUGUCUAAACUGCUAAAGUGUCAUUCUGCGACGCUGACCUCGUUGAAGCUGGAAGAUCUCUGUCUCACGGGCGACGCACUUCUGGGCGUGUUCCAGUUCUUCCACGAACACCGGUUCCCUGCGGUGGAGGACUUCAAUUUCAAUGGUCUAGCGGACAGGGGAGGACCGGAUGGCGCAACUCGGGUGGUCCGUUUGACCACCUUCACGCAGGGUUACGCAAAGCGCAUCAUUGAGCGGACCGGAGGCUUGCUUGUUUAUUAUCCUCAGCCUGGACCUAGAGCCAUUCUCUACUACAGUGGUCCUGGAGGGGGGGAGGUGUUGGCAUCUCUCCAUGAGCAAGUAGCAAUGAGGCCGUAA